AUGGAUGCACCCUACGAACUUAUCUACUAUACUGGCGUCCCCGGUCGCGGAGAACAUGUUCGACUGAUACUCGAGGAAGCUGGUGUCUCAUAUAAGGACACUUCAUCUCUCCCUAUCGACAAAUGUCGAGAGGUUGUCACAGCUUACCUUGCUCCCGACUAUAAAGGCGAACGAGGAAAUCCGCCUUACUACGCCCCGCCUCUUUUCAAGCACGGUGACCUUGUUAUAUCUCAAACUAGUAAUAUCCUUAUGUAUCUUGGUCCUAGGCUCGGACUUUCGGGAUCACGAGAGAAUGAUAUCUAUCGGGUGAAUGCGCUUGCUCUAACUGCACUUGACGGUCUGAGUAACGAAGUUCACGAUUCCCACCAUCCGAUUGCCGUAGAACUAUAUUACGAAGACCAGAAGGAGGAAAGUUUGAGACGAAGUAAAGAAUGGAUUAAGAACCGCCUACCUAAGCAUCUUGGGUACUGGCAGAAAGUGCUAGAAAGCGACGAAUUCGGUCCAGGCCCAUGGCUCUUGGGGAAUACGUUCACCUACGCCGACUUAGUGUUGUUCCAGUGCAUCGAUGGCGUCCAGUUCGCCUUUCCAAAAGCUAUGAACCAGGCUAAAGAAUCCGGCAAAUAUGACCGGGUCUUCCGGCUAUGGGAGGCGGUCAAGGGUCGACCAAACGUCGCCGCAUACCUCGCUAGCGAUAGAAGACAGAAGUACGAUUGGGGCAUCUACCGAUACUAUCCGGACAAUGAUGUCCUUGCCGAGUAG